AUGACCUACAAGACGCCCAAUGGAAAGCGCAAAAGAGACGAUUCGCCACAAAUAGUCUCUUAUAGUCCUCAAAAGCGUCCAAAGGGCCCUAAUGGAGCUCAACAGAACCUGAGCCUGGCCUCUAGCGCCGCCAAAGACACAGAGUGGAUGUCCCGUGUGACCAACAUCGGUGAUAUCAACUUGGCCCAUGCAGAAAUUGCUUGUGGAAUUGGCCAACUUGGGUGGCGAAGCCCAUGUCCCAACAAAUUCCUGGACAGUGUGGAUCAGGCCAUGAAGUCAACGUCACACGACGAUAAGGAAGUGAUAGACAUAUCAGAUUCGGAAGAUGAAGUCAUCGUGCAGAAAUGCGUCAAAGGGCGCUGUAAAACAAACCCGUAUUGCCUGAAUUUUUUGGGCCAAGAGACGUGGGAGGCUCCAGCCAAAGCACUCGAAGCUAUUCAUGACGCCGUAGCCAAAAAGUGUGGCGGCAAUCCGCACUCACGCAAGCGCAAGCCGGGUUGUCCCGUCGGACUUAGAAAUCUCGGCGCUACAUGCUACGCCAACUCGGUCCUCCAGGUAUGGAAUCAAGACACUCACUUUCGCGCUGGGGUCUUUCGAUGUACUCCGUCUGCGGAAACCGAUCAAGACUUGGAGAAAUCGCCCAUAUUCCAACUACAAGUCACCUUUGCUGCGUUGAAUUUGGGCUCUCUAAACGUUUUCAAUCCUCGCCCUCUUGUUGAAAGUCUUCGUCUCGAUAAUACGGAACAACAGGAUGCUCAAGAAUUCUCGAAACUAUUUCUGAACCAUCUUUCAUCCGAGUUUGCGAAACAGGAGUCACCGUCUCUCAAAACCCUCAUUAGCGACCGAUUUGAAGGGACCAUGGUCUGCGGAACUCAAUGCACUCACUGCGGCUACAAGUCUGCGCAACGAUCUCAGUUCACAGAAAUAGAGAUUAGCCUCGCGAAUAGUACCACUCUCGAAGAGGGCAUCACCGACGCUUUGAAAUCUGAAGUCCUCUCCGGAGAUAAUCGAUACAAGUGCCCUCAAUGUAACGAGCUGCGUGAUGCGACGCGUUAUACCGAGCUACACAAGCUGCCCCCGGUUCUCCAUUUCUCUGUUCAGCGGUUCGUUUUCGACUUGCAAACACUUUCUCGGAAGAAGAGCAAGUCGCCGAUACGAUACCCUGCGGAGAUCGACAUGUCUCAAUGGAAUUCUGUUGACUCUGAGGUCGAGGAUAUGUACGACUUGCGUGGUGUUCUCCUUCAUAAAGGUUCGAGUGCAUAUCACGGCCACUAUGAAGCACAAGCCUUUCAUUCACAGGAGGCGAAAUGGUUCCAAUUCAACGAUGAAAUUGUCACCGAACUGCCAUCGUUCCAACCACCCGGAGAUGUCAUGAUCCUUGACGAAGAGGUUGUCGAGAAGAGAGGAUUGGCUCAAAUAACGUCCAAGGACUGCUACUGUCUUAUAUACGCACGUCGGGAUACCGAAGUCUCGAUGGAUAUCCAAGAAGACCCUUCAGAGGCCGUUCGCGCCAAGGUCGACGAGUUGAACGCUACCUUGGAAAAACAGCUGGCCGAGUAUGAUGCGGAAACGCAGGAACUCUGCGAAAGAUUCGAGAAGGCAAGGCUCACCAAGUCAAGUAUAUACAAAGAUUGGCACCUCUCGAGCAAAUCUGAAGAUCGAGCCCUCGUUCAUGGCGAAUCACUCAAGGCUUGGCUUGCGCGCGACUCACCCUCAGAAAGGGCGCACGAAGAUGAUGGAUCAAAUCAAGCAUCAACUUCGUCGCCAACUGCUACCUACGCGUGGCUCUGUGAACAUGGCAGGAUCGACCCAAGGAAGAUCACAGAAAUGAAGAUUAUUAAACUGUCUGCUUACAAUCGACUUGUGGAGCUCGCGAAGGAUUUGUUCCCUCCUGAGACACCAAUGCCUUGUGUUGAGUGUACCAAGAUCAUGUUCGCAGAACGAAAGUAUUUGGAGGAGCAUGCAGAGGCUCUGUCCGACUUCGAGUUGGCAAGCCAGAUGAAACUGAAUUUAGGCGAUGAGAGCGAUCAACAAUUCUGGAUAUCAAAGUCAUGGUUAAAAGAUUGGAGGCUCAAGCGACCCAAGAUGCAUAUUCCAGGCCAAAGCGAUCCAAGCCCCGACUCCGAUCCGUAUCGUUCGGAAGUGAUGUGUGACCACGACGGCCUGAUCCCAAGAUCACAAUUGCGAACACUUAUUACUCGAGGAGCCCGCGAUGUUUUACAAGGCUUGUUUCCGGACUGGACACCCCUACCAAAGCAUACGCGCCCUUGUGAUGGCUGCCUCCUACAAGCAGAGGAAGCAGCGAUAGACGCAGAAGAACUUGCGACUAUCUCUCAAACGGAGAGUCGCGAGCUGAAAAGCUUUGAUGUUCACAACCCCUUGACAAACCGCAAGGUUCUUCUUGGGGUGAAGUAUGCGAUUGCUCCAGCAUCUUGGGUGCGCAAAUGGGUGGAUUGGACGAAGAAUCCCAGAAGACGCCCUCGACCUCAGGCAAUCGACAAUUCCAGUUUCCUCUGCUCUCACGGCUUGCUCGCUUUUGAUCCGAAUGAUCACCUGGAGGUUACGGACUCUAUCGCUCUGCUCUGGGAAACACAGUGGCGAAAGAUUGAGGCAAUGUAUCCUGGCUCUGGUCCGUUCAUACCUAUUCAAGGCUUCCUCAAGGAGGGAAGCGACACCGAGAAAGAAAUUCGUGCAAUAGAUUGGGCCAUCUGCAACGAAUGCCUAGUCCAAAAGGCAUCCGACUUUGCCGAAAUCGACCUCUUCGUUCAAAUGCUCUCCGAAGACGACCCAAAGCCGACCGAAGCAAGCUAUUUUAUCACGAAAAAGGCGAUAAAGGAACACAAUGGAGCCCUUCCUUCACCAUCCGAUAUCGGCAGUCGACGCACCAGGCGGAUUCGAUCUCCCGAGGGCGGGUACAUUUCUCUGAAAUGCUUUAGUAUCUCUCCAUUCAUGUCUUCUUUUUCGCUCAAGUCCCAGAUUUACAGCAAAGAGCACAUUCCUACUGAGGAUCAAAGUAUAUACUACAAAGGGACACUACUAGAUGAUUCCGCGGAGCAAACAAUAGCCGAGCUGGGGAUUGAGAUGGGCGACGUUGUUCACCUCGUUCGGCUCGCACCUAGGUUCCAAGACAAGACUGUUAUUGAGCUUGACGACUCGGAUGACGAAGAAUAUGAAAGGAAGCGGAAGAAGCCGAUCUCUGCCCGGAAAGUCGUUGCGCCGGUCGAACGGAGGGCAUUCCAAGGUACUUUGCUCUCAGGAAUUUAA